AAGAAGACAGGACACUAACUAGAGCUGCUGCACUGUAGACCAAAAUCACUUAAAGGACCUGCGCCCAAACUCCUCCAUAGUACUCAGGCUGUCCCUAUUGUCUCCAUAGUUAGAAUACUGAGGACCAUGAAGACCCCUCUCUGGUCCCUGCUGCUGCUGUGUCUGUGUGUCCCGGGACACUGUAGUGAAUGCCAUGGGGACUGCCUGGCCUGUGGCCGCAUCCUGCCGCAGGAGAUCAACUUCAACACACUGGUGUGUCUGGUGGAGUGUGAGGGUAACGUGUCCCCUGCCUUCACUUGGGACAUGUGCCGCAAGGCCUCAGCCUCCCCACAGUUACCCUCCCUGCCCAUAGGGGGCGCUGCCAUGCUGACCCGGGCCCAGAAGGAGGUGGAAGCCAUGCUGCCAGAGGAAGAAGAGGAACAGGGGGAAGGGGGGCUGAUGUACCCAGUAGCCCUGCAGAGGUUUGACCACGUGGUCCGUGCUCUGGGCAUAGACGAGUUGGGCAGUGAGAGCCGGCUAACCGCUGAUGUCUACAACUCCCAGCUGCCCCAGGAAAUGCAGGAAAGGGACGAGGAAGAGGGGGACGAGGACGAGGGGGAUAACGCGAUGGAGAGAGAGCAGGACGGAGCGGCGGGGAUAAGUCUGUCGAAGCGCUUCGGGGGUUUCCUGAAGGGAAGGCAUGGCUACAGGAAGUUGAUGGGCCCCGGGAGGCCCUUGCAGAAGCGCUACGGCGGGUUCAUAGGCGUCCGGAAAUCUGCCCGCAAGUGGAACAACCAGAAACGGUUCAGUGAGUUCCUGAAGCAAUACCUGGGCAUGAGCACCCGAGCUAGCAAGUCCUACAACAGCGUCUCCGCUGACAUCACCCAACAGAACAAGGUGUAGCAACGCACACGGCAACUGUAUCCCUGGCAAUGACGCACAUGUCGUAACCUAGCAACCCCCAACCCCGCCCUACAUAUUCAAAUCCGUCACCAAGGUGAUGAUUAAACUUCUGUUCUGAACACAACCCCUCAUGAAAAUCCACACUGGAGCAUUAUAGAUUCAGUCUUGUAUGCUGCAUUUCCUCAUUGAUAACAAUAACAUAUUAUGAAUAAAAGCUAAGAAAAUAGUAUUAAAAAGACCAUGUAUAUAGCUAAAUGGUUUAUCAGAGAAUCACAUUGGAUUAAUAUUAUAGACACACGAACACACUGUAUUUGUUUUGCUGUCUAUACUGCAUCUGUAAUGUAACUUUUCAAACCAUGUUUGCCUUCAUCAAUUAUGGCUAUUAUUAUUACAUAGGCUAAUUCAGUGUAAACUUCAUGAAUUUAAAUGACUUACUAGUGAAUUUUCCAUGGAUUUCCUGAAGCAGUACAGUACGUGAGAGGGAGCUUGUUUGGUGACCGGGCAAGGCACUCUCUUUGUUAGGUUACCCUCUAGUGGCUAACACAAAAAUGACUUUCAGAUUUCCAAUUGAAAAUGCGCUAAAAUAUGUUCAUGAUUAUCUUAUAUAAUAUAAUAUAUAUUAUAACACAAUCUCAGUAUUAGGUUUGUGGAUGGCUUGUAACCUAUUCACAUCUUCAGAACUAUUCUCCAAACUUCAAUUUCAACCCUGGCUACUAUAAUUUGGAGCAAAACAUCACAAUGAACUGUUACUACUGCGUAAAACUUAAAUGAUAUAUCCAUGCUCAUGUACCAAUGAUCUGUUGGCAAAACUAAUGUUCUGACUUGAGAAUGAACCUUGGCAUGUGUUUUUUGAAGCGGACGCAGAUGUAGCCAAUCAGUUCACGUGUUAACCAGCGAUAGCAGACAUCUGCAUAGUGCAUGUUUUGACCGUGUUGGAGGUGGAACUGCGUCGGAGCUGUCAAAUCUGUGAGCAACUGCUCUUGCCAUCAUUGUCACCAAGCCACACCCGCCCCACUAGUGUUAAAAGGUAAGAGAAAGUGUAGGCUAUGCUUCCCCAACUGGCGGCCCAACAAUUCAAAUAAAAUAAUUUAACAUAAAAGACAAAAAACAGCUGCAAAUCAGCUCCAAGUGAUUUAAAUUGAGGAAAUCUGUUCCAAACUACUCCCACACAUAGAUAUGUGAUCAUAUUUUUUUUUUUUUUUUUUUUCACCUUUAUUUAACCAGGUAAGCUAGUUGAGAACAGGUUCUCAUUUGCAACUGCGACCUGGCCAAGAUAAAGCAUAGCAGUGUGAACAGACAACACAGAGUUACACAUGGAGUAAACAAUUAACAAGUCAAUAACACAGUAGAGAAAAAAGGGGAGUCUAUAUACAAUGUGUGCAAAAGGCAUGAGGAGGUAGGCGGAUAAUUACAAUAUUACAGAUUAACACUGGAGUGAUAAAUGAUCAGAUGAUCAUGUACAGGUAGAGAUAUUGGUGUGCAAAGAGCAGAAAAGUAAAUAAAAACUGUGGGGAUGAGGUAGGUGAAAAUGGGUGGGCUAUUUACCAAUAGAUUAUGUACAAAUGUAAGAAACGUUAUGUUUUAGUCAAACGUUAUAUCUGUUUGGGCUUCUUGCAGUCUUCAAAUUAUUUGUAAUUAUGUUCAGGCCCCCACACCACCUGCUCAAGAAAAAAAAGAAAGAAAAAAAAUCAGCCCGCAACUGAAUGUAGUUGAUGGUCCCUGGUGUAGGCUAUAAAGAAAUAGUUACUCUUACAUUCCAGUGUUCCAACUUGUAACCAAGGCUGCGUGGGAUUUCUCUUAAUGUACCUCCGUACAGCCAAUGACAAUGUCCGCUUUAGGAUGAAUGCCAGGAGCCGCUUGUGGAGUUGGCAUCUCUGACGCAGUUCCACCUCCAACACCACCAAAACAUUGAAUAGAGACCCUACUGUAUGUAUGAACAGUGGUCUGAGUUAUUACGUGAAACCAUUUUGUUGUGCAGUAUAAAACCUGUAAAUAGCAGAAAUUUUACAUAUCAAUAAAGAUAGUUUACGAUUUGUUUUGUGGCUUGUUAUGCAGCAAAUGAUUCAGUGUCUUGAGGUGUUUUGUUCCAGCGUUCUAGAAUGUUCACGAGACAAUGACAUCUUGUAUGAAUCCCACAAUGCUCCAUUUAUUAAACAAAAAAUGUCCACACCAAAUGUCUUGUAUAAUAACAAUAAAUGUCCUCUUGAUCAAAUAAAAUAUCUGUAUAGAUGCAGGCUCACAACUCAACAUGGAAAGGUGUAUAACUUUACAUCUAACUUGAGGCCAAGAUUUGAAAAAGGAGAAUAAAAACAAGACUACUAGAGACAGGGUUAAUCUUUAUCAAGCAUAUUUCAACAUCAAAAGGACCAAAACAUUCCAGAUUCCAUAUAAAAAUAGUGCAUCAUAAUAAAAAAAUUACUUUAUUCAGAGAUAAUUUCUUUCUCCAGGUACAGUACAUACAGGUAACUGCCAGAAUAAAGGAAUGUCUGGAACUCGGAGGGUUGCGGCACCAUUCCAUCAUUUGGUGUUUUGUUGA